AUGGCCGAACUCUUUGUAGGCCCUACUUCAUCCCCACACGAACGGGCGGCAGCCUUUAUAGCCGCUCUUCCUCGCCUUCACAUCUAUGACUUGCGCAGAAACCUCGACGAUAGUUGCCCCGUUUGCCUCGUGCCCUUGACCAUGGUAUUGGCUGAAGAUGACUCCGAUAUUGGAGAUGCAGGAGUAACGAAGCUUGAAGGUUGCGGGCAUAUGUUCUGUCGCCGAGAUCUGUCAGUAUGGAUAAGAGGACUGCAUGGAAACUGCCCAACAUGUCGGCAUGUCUUUCUAGAUGUAAACCCGGCGGACUACUCAGACGAUGAGUCCUCGGACGACGAGUUCAUUCCCGACGACGACAACUACCACGACGACACCGAUGGCCUUUCGGACUUUGGCAUGGAUGCCGAAAUGGACAUGGAGAUGGACGAGUUAUGGGCGGACGGCGACGAUGAGUACUAUGAGGACGAGGAUGAAUCGGGAGGAGAAUACGAGGAUCCUGUUGAACGUAUGGAGACCGAUUGGGGUUUGAGCGAAGGUGAUACCUCGUCAGAAGGGGAUUCGGGUUACCCCUUGGAUGAACUAGUAGACGACGACAUUGCUGUAAGUGUGGCUGGCGAAGACGCUGGUACGAGGUCGGACAACGCUGCUCUAGUCGCCGAAGAACCCAAGUAA